AUGUAUAAUUUGGUAGAAGCGUUCAAACGCAUUCUGAAGUGUAUCGACACAGAUGAUUUUGCACGAUUUGUGAAAUGCAGCGAGCUGCAUGCAAAAUUGCUGAGGGCUUACGUGAUCGGCACAUCUAUAGUGCUGUUAUUGUACGAGCUGAACGCAAUAGUUGCUAGCAUUACGCUAUCCCUGCAACAGAACAAGGUUUGUUUUGUGACCCCAUUCAGCUUCCCAUUUGACUAUCAACAUCCGAUCGUGUUUGCUCUUACUUUUUUACACAACUUUGAUGCAAUGCUGGUAACCGUGUGCACGAGCGUUACGGUUGACUCGUGUUUCUCCGAGAUGGCCAGUAAUCUUACUAUCCACUUCGAUAUCGUGCGAGAACGGUUUGAAAAACUCGAUCUUUCCGCUGCUCAACCGUAUGCCGAACACCAGCUAAGAAAUGUAAUCACCUAUCACCGCGAAGUGUUGUCGUUGGCGCAAAAGAUGGUACAACUUUACCAACAGUCGGCGUUUUAUUUGCUGCUGUUAGUAUCUACAAUACUGUGUCUGUUGGGCUAUGAGUUUGUAAUGGUAAGCAACAUUUACAAGCGAAUGCAAGUUGCAAUAUUGGCUUCUAUUAUGAUUGGGCAAGCUGCUAUUUACACCUACCACGGGUCAGCUAUCAGCGUCAAAAGUGUAUCCGUUGCUGAUGCAAUUUAUGGAACCAACUGGUAUGAUGCUCGUCUAGCCGUUAAAAAGCUGGUAUAUAUCUGCUUGAUGCGAGCUCAAAAGCCUGUCAUUAUGAAGAGUGGCUUCAUAGAAGCAUCCUUGCCGACACUGAAAAAGAUUUUAAGUUCCAGUGCAUCGUACAUAACUAUGCUUAUGUCGCUUGAGGCUGACUUGAACGAGAAAAAAACUUGA